GAGGAGAAGGAGAGAGGAUGAACGCCAGCCCAGUCAUUCCUCUUAAAAAUGGCGUCUUGUGAACAAAAAGAGUGAAAGUGGCUGUGCGGUGCUGAACUGAGCAGCGGCUCCAACGUGAGACCAGCUUCGCUUCUUCAAGCUGCUGAAGAACGCGGAGCAUCUGUCCUGCGGCCCAUCAGCCACACAGCAGACAAUAGACAGGGAGAUAUAUGGGCAGAGGAGUGGAGGGAGGAGACUGUGCCUGUAGUGUCACCCCCCCCCCCCCCCCCCCAGCGCGCCUUCUCCUCCAUCUAUUCCUCCCAUUCUACAGACUCGUCAAGCGGAGAAAUAAACAGAAGCGAGCGCAGAGAAGGGAAGACAUUCCUCCCUCCCCUCCCCCUCACUAUCUGUCCAUCUUCACCCAGUCCUUUCUUCCAUGGAGAGGAAUUACACCGCUGCAGGCUUCGGGGAUCUCGGGGCUGGAGCGGGAUGGAGUUACGACAGAUCGGCCAAGGCAAGCCUCGUGUACGGGGGCUCCAGGUCGUCCCACCCAGACUCCGAGUUGCUUCACCGGCAGACCUACGGCACCCCCCACCCCCUCCAGGGGUAUGCAACGAACCACCACCCAGGGAGCUCCAGACAGGGAGGGGCCUGGGGUCCUGCUGGACGCUCGCUUGGCCUCUCGGGGCUAUUUGAUGCCAGCCUCCACCAUGCCAGCCCCUCUGGUCCUGACCCCUCCGUCAUGAAUCUGAUUUCAGCUCUGGAGUCGCGGGGUCCACAGCCCCCCCCCUCGGCUUCCUCCCUCCUCUCUCAGUUUCGCUCGCCCUCAUGGCAGACUGCAAUGCAUACACCGGCCCCAGCGGAGCUCUUUAUUUCCGGGGCACUUCCUGGUUCCAGCUCUUUCCCCUCUUCCUCAGCCCUCUCUGCAUACCAGCAUCCUGGUUCCUUCUCUGGACGAUCCUUCACUCCCUCACUAUCCCUGCAGGACACGCCUACAUUUAGCCCGACUUCCAACAGUUUGCUAUCCCCCCAUGAUCCCUUGCUGCACAUCAAAACCCCCUCCCAGGUCAGCUUGGGCUUUGAUCGCUUGCUGUCUUCCCAGAGUGCCAACUACCGGGGCUCCCAGGAGCCCCCGGGCCCUCCUCAGACCCAAGCUCCUCCCACCUCCUCCAGUUGCCACCUGUCCCCUUCCCAGUUCAACUUGUUGUCCUCCCAGCUCCACAACCAGUCCUCCCAGCUCUAUAAUGCCUCCAUGUUCUCUUCCCCAGCAGCCCUGCUGCCCACAGCCCCCCCUCCUCCCCAGCCUCCUCCAGAGAGGACAGCGUCCCGGCAGGACAGUGUGAUCAAACAUUACCAACGCUCGUCCCCAGCUCAAUCCGCAGCACUACCCCCACAGCAAUAUGUCAGCUGUGGGGGGUCAUCAAGCUACCAGCAGAUAGCCAGUCACCACCGGCUUACUGGAGUGUCCUGCAGUCCUCUGGGGGAGCAGAGCCCAUCCUCUGACCCCAAGCCUUCACCACGGUUGGAAUCCAAGACUUAUCAACCUAUUAACCAGACCCCCUACACAUCCUCAUCCUCCAGCUCCUCAUCUGGAACUAAGGGAGCCAAGACUUCCAGCUCCAGCAGCGGCUACUCCUCUUCAGGCUCAGCAUCAUCUUCUUCCCGUACUCCACACACUCCACCAUCAGCCUCCUCCACUUCCUCUUCGUCCUCCUCUAACUCCAAGACAAGCACCGGCUCCUUGUCUGCUCCCUCUUGCCAGCAGCCCCCAGCUCAGUCAGCAACGGCCCCACCUUCUCUACCGGUGGUGUCAUCCAACCUUGUUCAACAGCCAGCACCCAAACAAUGCCUCUCCAAUUAUGGCUCUCCGCCUUUGGCCAAAUCCAGCUCAGGCCUACCAGACCAGACCCCUCUCCAGCAACAUGCCCAAUCCUAUUCGCCAAACCAGCCUCCAUCUACACGCAUGACCCAGUCUUAUGGAGGCUUUAACUCGCCUCAUGCCCAGGACCUGAGCUCUGGAGCAGGGGGUACUGGAGGGAAGACCUUCACUGCUACGGGCUCAGGAGGACGCUCGUUUUCUGCAGAGAUAGUCUUUGGGGACUCAAGCUUUAGUUCAACCUCUCUUAGGAGAGCAGGCAGUCCUUCCUUAGGGUAUGGGAGUGCAGGAGGAUCAGCAGUAAGUGGACCUGUAUCAGGAGCUGCUGCACUUGGCAGUGGAGUUGGAGCUGCAGGAUCAGGAAGCGGAUCUGCUGUGGUUGGUAAUGAAGGCAGCAGCUCUUACCACCUGCCUGAUUCUAGUCCCUCGCCCUCCAUCAAUUCUACUAUCAGUCGCACUGGAUUGCACUCUCCUGCCUCUGCUCGCCCUGCACAGUCCCCUGGGGGCUCAGGGGCCACUAAAUACUUGUCCACCGGUCUCUCGCCUGCUUUUAUGUCCCCUCCACAAGGUUUCCCUGAUACACGACAAGUGCAGAGCCACUCCUACCACACAACACCACCUAAGCCAAAAACAGAGACCAACAUGCUGGGAGUUGAGCAUUCCCAAGAUGAGGAAGAGGAUGAUGAUGACGAUUUCCUCAUCCACCACUUACUACAUUCCCAAGGCUCAACUCCCCAUCCUUCCCAGCAUCACCCCCCUCCUCAUCAAUUAUCCCAGCCGCUCCCACAAGCUAGGGAUGGGGAAGGCAAGGGGGUGACCUUUGACAUUAACAAGAUCUCAGAAGAGCGCUACCACCUUCAGAGUGUUAUUCGUACCAAUAACAUCACCAGCAGUUCAGGUCCUGGAACAACAAUCGGUGAUGCAGCAAGUGAUUUGAACACUCAUUUGGAAAUGUCACGGAAGGAACAGCAGCAGGCCAAAUCAGAGUUGACCAUAUCAAAGUCCACAGCUGGAGGGGUCACUGACUCUCUUUCCCACUCCCAUCAACAACAGCAUGACUCCUUGGGCUCCGUGGUCCAUUAUGGAAGAGAGGACCCCUACACAAUGCACUCCCAUCACACCUCACACUUGUCCUCGCACUCUCAGCAACACUCUCAGCAUCCCCAAAUCCCCCAGCAUUCUCGGCACGCUCAACACACUGGACACACACAGCACUCUCAAAAUACUCAGCAUAGCCAUCCCCUUUCCCACUCUCACAGCCACCCUCACAUGGCGCUGAAGAAGCCUUCAGAUGAAAAUGACAAUGCCUACUUGUGUAACACACCAGAUGUGCAGCAGGCUCGACAAAGCCAGGUCCCCCUUUCCCUGAUGGAUUCACCGCAAGACCCUCCCCAGCAAACUCACAUGCUGCAAUCUGUUCUUUCUCAUACCACUAGUACUAAAAUAGACCCCCAGCAAGCCCCGCCACAGCAGCAGCAUCCUUUGAGCCAGCAGGCCAUGAUGGGUUCAGCUGGAGGAGCAGGGCCUGCCAUGGUGGAAUCCCACCCACAGAACCAGCCCUCACAGUUGCAACUCCAGCUCCAGACCCAGGUUAUAGAUACCCACUACAGCCUUGGAGUCCAGCCAAGAGAUCAAACCCGAGCCAGUCAGAACUCAGUGUCUCCGCUAGACAUACUAGACCAAUCUCUUUCCCGGACCAACAGCAGAGGUGGUGGAGGAGCUCUGGACAGGACAGGAGUUGGGGUGACUGGAGGGGAGGGAGGUGCUGGAGACAGACAUAGACAGCAGCACAGACUAACACCCCACCACCAUCCCCAACAAUCAGCCUCAGCUCUCCAUGACUUCCUCUCUGAAUCAGAUUUAGGCUUGUCCACCCCCUCCCACCUGCACCACCUCAACCAGCCUCAGGCCCAUGCCCACCCACAUGCCCACCACCAACAGCAAGCACACAUUCACCAUCAACUGGCACAUUCUCAAUUGGCUCACCCACACUCCCACCGGAUGGCAGCAAAUAUGGGAACCCCCCAACAACAGCAGCAGCCCCAACAAAGAGAGCCUGAAACUCUGUCCCACUCCCAGUUAGAGCAGCUCAAACACCACCAAUUUCAACCAGUGAGCCCAGUGGGUAAAGUAGGACAAAAUCACGGCCCGCAGCAACAGCAUCGGUUUGCACCUCUAACGUCCAUCUGCUUUCCAGACUCUCUUUUACAUGAUGAAGACCGCACUUUCUUUCCUGAGAUGGAGGACAUGUUUUGUUCAGCUGAUUACAAGUCAAGCUGUGUGGAGAAUUCUGGGGCAGGACAGGCUUCUCAGGAAAGCCUCACCCAGGGCCACGGGCAGGGGCGAGAGGGUAUGGAAGCCUUAAAAUCAGUAGGUGCUAGAGAGGGCUAUGACAUGGUUGGUCAUCACAGUGAUCAAGGCUAUGGACAUUAUUGCCACAGCCUUCCAGGAACAGGAAAUGACAAUCUACACUUAGACCUUGACUCUACGAAGACCCACGAGCUUCCCUCUACUGUGAAUACUGACCAGCUUGGCCUCAUCCAAUCCCAAACACCCAAUAUGGGGAUGAGUUCAGCCGAUCAAGGGGAUGGCUCAAUGAACAAGAUGAUGGGAGCUGUAGGAGUGGGUGGAAGUUCAAAUACCGCUGGUCUGACCUCACCUAUAUUUUGUUCUUCUCGACCCAAGAAACUGUUGAAGACCAGCUCCUAUCAUUUGCUUAAACAGCGGCGUGAGCCACAGCCUCUAACAAAGAAGACAUAUGCGCAGGAGUACGAAUUUGAGGAUGAUGAGGAUAAAGUUGAUGUUCCAGCUGAUAUUCGCCUAACAAGUCGACGCCUUCCUGAUCUACUCCCUGACUUGGUCUCUAGUUGUAGAAAGGCUAGUGGGGUAUCAGGAGUAAGUGGGCUCAGUCCACCGAUGGGGGACAUGGACUUCUGCCACCCCUCCAGCUACUCUUCCCCUGGACACCCUCCACAAAUCCUUCCCCACUAUGGUCCUAAGAAAAGAGGCAGGAAACCGACUAAACCGAAACGUGAAGGCCCUCCUCGCCCCCGAGGUAGACCGCGCAUACGUCCUCUUCCAGAGCCUGCCUACUGCAGGGGGUUGAUGGGAUCAGUGCCUGGAGAAAGCAGGAGGGGUCGUGGGCGUGGUCGAGGGCGAGGCAGGAGGGAGGAAGGGUUUGUUGAAACGCAUCAAGACAUGAACAAAGCACAAAACCUGGCAUAUCAUCAGCAGCAGCAACAGUUCAGCCAACAGCAGCAUCUCCAACAGCACCCACAUGACCACCGACAGCAGGCAGACCUCCACCAAGCACCGCACCAACAGCAGCACCACCUGCAUCAUCAUCAACAUCCACAGCAGCCGCAUGAUUCCUGUCCUCACCUCCAACCGCAUCAUCAACAGCACCAUCAUCAUCAACAACAACAGCAACCGUCCCAGCUGCAGCAAGAGCCAAUCACACCUAUCAAGAUCAAACUGCCCGUCCCCAGCAUGCCCCCAUCAGAAUCGUUGUUGAGGACAGACUCCCUGUCCAGCACCGAGCCAGUUCUGUCUGACGGAUCUGUGGGCUCGGCACCCUCUCUGGGCCUGAGUCCUGGACCCAGCGCUGCCAUGGACAGCAUCAGGACCGAGGUGGACCAGACUCAAGACAAGAUGAUGAAGCAUCAGCAGAAUGCUGAAGAGGUGACGUGGAAGAAAGAAGUGGACGAUCCUCUGGAUCCUGAAGCCUGGGCUGCUGUGCACAAGCUCUCCAGUUCAGCUGAAGACAAGUCUUUCGACUUCAAGCCUGGCUUCAUGGCGUCUUUUUUGGACUUCCUGAAGACAGGCAAAAAGCAGCCAGGCCUUGAACAGGGACAUGCUGGAGGUGAGCAGGAGUCCUCUCUCAAAGGAGGGAUCAGACCCUUAUCCCCGUCUCCUCCCCCCCUACCACCAACUCCUCCACAGCAGCAGCCUCCAGGAGCCUUCAGCGAGGGAGGGCAGGGCGGGGGGGCCCCGCUGGCUCUCAGCAGCUGCCCCAGUCCCUGCAAGCCCCUGGAUGAGGAGCUGAAGGGCAACCUGGAGACACUGCCCUCCUUCUCCUCAGAUGAGGAGGACUCAGUCAGCAAGAACCAGGACCUGCAGAAGAGCAUCUCGUCGGCCAUCUCCGCCCUCUAUGACGCCCCACACUCGUUAGCUGCUGCAAUGGCUUCCGCCAUGGCCAAGGCCCCGCCCACCCCACAGGAGCCGCCACUCAGCCCCCCUCUCCCUGCCAUGCCGCCCCUUAUCCCCAGCACGGAGAACAGCAAAGAGAAGGCGCUCACGUACACACAGGAUCACACACAGGCCCAGGAAGGGCAACAGUUGGUCUCCCCACUGUCGGAGGGAGACAACACAGAGGAGGGGGAGGCUAAGCAAGGGGGAGACGAGCAGAAGGAGAGGGGGGGGGAGACUGCAGACAAUAAAGAAAUAGUGGGAGAUCCACAGAAUGUGCAGCAGGGAGCCUUGGAAGAGCAGGAGGAGGAGAAAAGGAUGUCGGACAUGCCGAUUUUGGAGGUUGAAGAUUCUCCAUCAGCACCUGUGCUGGCCCCUGCACCUCCGUCCCCAUCAGUGUCCAUCUCCCCCUCGCCCCCCACCUUCUCCUCACCAUCGCCCCUCACCCCCCCCUGUCUCUCCGUACCCUCACAACCGCCCAUCCAGAAUGAAGACGCAAAUCAAAGUUAUCCUCCCUCUGAGCAGCAGCAGUCCUCCUACCAACCGGCUCCAACUGCAGUGACCUCCCCACCCCCCUCCGCCUCCCCUCCAGCCCUCCCGUCCCCACCCCUCUCCAGCUUUCCUCUGGGCCAGUCCAUUCCUCCUCCAUCCACCACCCCUCCUCCAUCCUCCUCUGAUCAGGAUCAGGAGCCGGAAGCUGAGCAGGCUUCUCCCUCAUCCCCCGCCUCUUCCUCACCCUCUUCAUCAUCCUCUCCCCCACCAUCCCCUCCAACCCCAGAAGAGGCCCCAGCAUCCCAGCGUCUCACCUCCCUCCACCUGGCGAAGAAGCAGGCUGAUGCCGCCAUAGCUGGGGAGAGCGAGGAGGAGGACAGUGAGAGCGGGGGCGAGGGAAUCUUCCGUGAACGGGACGAGUUUGUGGUUCGGACUGAGGACAUCGGGACGCUUAAGAUGGCCUUGCAGACAGGCCGGGAGCCCCCGCCCAUCUGGAGGGUCCAAAAAGCCUUGCUCCAAAAGUUCAGUCCAGAGAUUAAAGAUGGGCAGCGGCAGUUCUGUGCAACCAGUAAUUAUCUGGGUUAUUUCGGUGAUGCCAAAAUGUGCUACCAGCGUCUGUAUGUCAAGUUCUUGGAGAACGUCAACAAGAAAGAUUACGUCAGAGUGUGUUCUCGGAAGCCGUGGCACAGAGCCGGCCUCGCUCUGAGACGCCAGUCACUUCCCAAACAGCUGCACAAUCCAACCCCCCCUCGGCUGGAUCGAGACGACAAGGAGAGAACGCCCCACCUCGUUAGCGCUGUCAAUGCUUCCGCCAUGGGCCAAGGCCCCGCCCACCCCACAGAGCCGCCACUCAUGCCCCCCCUCGCGCCUGCCCCAUGCCGCCCCUAUCCCCAGCCACGGGAGAACAUCAAUGAGAAGUGCGCUCACUACACACAGGAUCACACAACAGGCAGGAAGGGCAACAGUUGGCUCCCCACUGUCGGAGGAGACAACACGAGGAGCACCUGUGGCUGGCCCCUGCACCUCCGUCCCCAUCGUGUCCAUCUCCCCUCGCCCCCCACCUUCUCUCACCAUCCCCCUUCACCCCCGCCCUGGCCUCCUCCGUACCUCACAACCGCCAUCCAGAAUGACGACCAAAUCAAAUCCAUUCCUCCUCCAUCCACCACCCUCCGCCAUCCUCCUCUGAUCAGGAUCAGGAGCCGAGCGCAUGCUUCUCCUCAUCCCCCGCCUCUUCCUCACCACUCUUCAAUCAUCCUCUCCCCCACCAUCCCUCCAACCCCGAAGAUGCCCAGCUCCCAGCGUCUCACCUCCCUCCACCUGCGAAGAGCAUCUGAUGCCCCAUGCUGGGGAGAGCGAGGAGAGGACAAAGAUGACGCAGUGGCUGCCCUCCUCUUCCUCCUCGAGAUCAUACGCGAAGGAGCGCUGGGGGCGGGGGUCAGCAGCCGGGCCCUGAGGGAGAUGUUCAGGAGCUACGUGGAGAUGUUGGUCAGCACAGCGCUGGACCCGGACAUGAUCCAAGCCCUGGAGGACACUGAUGACGAGCUGUACCUCCCCCCCAUGAGGAAGAUCGACAGCCUGCUCAGCGAGCAGAAGAAGAGGUUGUUGAGGAGAGUCAACAUGAGCGUCCCACACCAGGAGGCGUUGCAUAUCUUCCCCAAAAUGAUGGCAGACCCGCUGGAAUCUGGAGCGGUCAAAGUUCACCUCGGGGGGGAGGGUUACAACCGCAAAACCCUCAACCGGGUCAAGAGGAGUGUUCCUAAGCAACAGGAUCUGAAGCUCUCCAUUGAAACUUGCCGGAUCUACAGUCUGUAUCAUUCCCUCCACCACUACAAGUAUCACACCUUCUUGCAUUGCAAGAAAGAGGUAAGGACGGCUGCAGAAAUGCUAAAUGCAGUAAGGUUUUUGCUUCAUAUUUUUGCCCAAUACCCGAUAUAUUAUGUAUUAUAAAUGCUUAGACUUCUGCUGCGUUCAGGCAUCCCGUAACUCGUGUUUUCACAACCUUCCACCCGGGAAAGAGCCCCGGAACGGCGGUCAAACCCAUAACUUACUACCCGGGAACUGGUCCCAGAUCGUUGUCCCAGUUACACACACAUACACAACAAUGGCUGUACAGACGCCGGUGAUUAACAGUGAGAAAUAUAAAUGGAUAUGCACAAAUAGGCAACGUAAAGUAACUCCACACAUUGUAAUCAAAACUGUACACAUAUGAUUUUGUACUCCCACAGGUUGUGUUUAUUAAAUGAACUCAAAAAUAUGUCACCGACUAGAAAUCGCAGGUAUCAGCUAGCGCUAGCUAACGUCAACGUUGGGUAGCCGCUAGCUAAUGCUAAUGCUAGCCUGAAGG